GGUGCGCAAGCACAAGAAGAGGCAAGAAAGCUGAAGAAAAAGCAAAAAUACAAAAAGAGUAAUUAGAAGAAAAAAAAAUGGCGAAUCCCUUUGGUCAAGUGGUUGAUGAUGACAAGUUGGAGGAGAUGCCUAGGUACAUUGGUGAAAUCAAAACCCAAGAAGAUCGAGCAAGAGAAGCAAUGAAUCUAGAGAAUGAGUAUGACAAAAAUGUUAAGGCCAAAAAAUAUGUAGAGGGUGUAAAGCUAGACUAUGGUAAUGGAGCCUCCACAUUGUGCAUGGUUUAUAAUGCCACUGGUGAAACUCUCUAUUAUACCACCUCUAAAGAUUGGUAUGGCUAUAUUGGACGGACGCCGUACCCUUUCGAGAUCGGAAAUGGCCAAUUUGCGUCCUUCCUCCAUGUCCAUAAGACUGGUUCCUCCACCGGGUCCGAAGCCGCCGUCGUUUUCCGUGGGAAGAACAAAAGUGGACAACCCCGUGACUUUCUCCUCGCUUGGGAUACUCCUUGGUCCUCUUUUAAAAAAAAUAAGGCUUACAGUGAUGUGGGUAGUGUUGGGAGUUUCAAUAGUAAAUGGAGUGAGGUAAUCAAGAAUUUGGAGAAUAGCAAGUACACCCAAGAGACUAAGAGAGAUGGAGUUGUGAUAGAGGUUGCUACUGCUUCUGGCACUUCUCCAGUAUUCAGAGCAACAAUUAAAACGCCUUACAGUCCAUGACCAUGUUAUCAAGCGAAUUUUAUGAAUUAUGUUAUGUGUAACGUUGGGUGAAUUAUGAAAUGUAGUUAUGUACUUGUUCGAUCGUAUGUAGUUAUAUUUAUGCUAUUGUACUAUUGUACUUGUACCACUUCUUAAUUAUGAUAUAUUGAAUAAAUCUUCCUUUGGUAUUCUAAA